GCUAUUAAAGGCCGUCUCCCAACCAGACAAAGCUAGUACUAGCAGUAGCACUGCGCCGCAGCAAUGGUGGUUUCCCUCGCCGAAUAAAUCUCACCGGUCGCGCUUCUUGGCGUGUUCCUCCGCUCGCCUGGGCUUCGAUCUCCAGCCCUCGCGUGAGCGCGGGUGCGGCCGCGGCGCCGUGGUCAUGGCGACGGAGGAGUGGGAGCUGCGGGAGGAGGACGCCUACGCCUACGAGUUCGAGUUCGACCUCGAGAACCCCUUCACCAGCCCCGCCGACGAGCCGAUCGCCAGUCUCCUCGACGCCGAGGGCCACCACGCGCCCUCUAUCUCCGCCGCGGCCUCGGCCACCCGCCGCGCCGCCGCCGCCUUCAUCUCCAAGGUGCGUUUCGGCGGCGAGCUCGCCGUGCACCCGCGCGUCGCCUACCUCGCGCUCAACUACGUGGAUCGCUUCCUCUCCAAGAGGCAAUUGGCGUGCGAGCAGCAGCCGUGGGCGCCGCGCCUGCUCGCCAUCAGCUGCCUCUCCCUCGCCGCCAAGAUGCAGCGCGUCGCAACAUUCUCCACCGCCGACAUUCAGAGGGACGAAGACUUCAUGUUCGACGCGGUGACCAUCCGUCGCAUGGAGCGGGUGGUGCUUGGCGCGCUUGAGUGGCGCGCGCGCUCCGUCACGCCGCUCGCCUUCCUCGGCUUCUUCCUCUCCGCAUGCUAUCCGCCGCCGCAGCACCCCCCACAGGUAGCCGCUGUCAAGGCGCGCGCCGUCGACCUCCUUCUCCACGCUCAGCCUGAGGUGAAGAUGGCGGAGUUCUCACCCUCCGUGGUGGCGGCGGCAGCGCUGCUGGCCGCCGCCGGAGAGGUCGCCGCCGCGAACCUCCACGCGUUCCAAGCCAGCUUGGCCGCCUGUCCCUUUGAGAAGCUGCGGGAGUGCGGUGAGGUGCUGGCAGCGGCGGGCGGCGUCGGGCGGGGGCGAGCCGCUCCGAGCGCGGACACGCCUGUGACGGUGCUCGGUCACCAGCGCAGCGCCAGCUCCGCCUCGGAGACCGACUGGAUUAACGGCGGCGACGCGAAGAAACGCUGCAUGGGCCCACCAUCGCAAUGGGGGUAGGCGGCAGGCCGCAGGCCGAGUCAAGCGGGUAUUGUCGCAGCUGGAUCGAAGAGUCGGAGAUUUUACUGCAGCCCUGCUCCUUUUUUUCCAAAUUGUUUUUACCCUUUUUCUUUUCCCAAUUCUUUCCUUCUACUUUAAUGCUCUCGAGGUAAAGUGACGAGGAGUGGUGGUGGUGGCUGUCAUUUACUAGUAUUCCUUUUUCCUAGCAUGUCUUUAUUUUAGCCUAGUUAUGGUAAUUUUUGCGGCGGUGCUUUGGAAGGUGAGGACGGUGGAUGAACAUACUGGGAUGGAAGAGGGGGAUGAUGUGAAAUGGUAAAAAAAAUAAAACCAAAAGGCUGGCAUGUUGCUUUGUCACC